AUGCCCGACAUCAACAACGCACUGGCCGCAAUGCAAAAGGCAAUGGUAACGGCGGGCGAACACGCAGAGGGGCUGUCAACGCUGCAGCGGUUACGCGAGUGCUUACGCGAGUGCUUGCGAGGCACGGAUCGGCGGCGGAUGUUCCUGGGGAUUGGUGCCGCGGGUCUGACGAUCCUCACGGGAGCGAAUUUCUGGUUCAACUACAGGACCAGCUUCUUCGAAGCGGCCGGGGUGACCAACUCGUGCUUGGUCUCGCUAAACCUGGCGCUGAUCAACUUUGUCUGCUCCGGGCUGGAUGAGGAAUGCUUUGCUGGAAAAGCGGGUCGGGUGGAAGUGAAGGAGUGGGCUUGA